AUGGCAGACCUCUCGGAUUCCGGCAGGAAAGAAGCCGCUUUGCGCCAUCAUGAGGUCCCGGGGGAGCUGGAAUCUGGCACUGCGAGUUCUGCGGCCUCGACUCGUUCCAAACACCGGGGAAAGCGGGCUGGUCAGGGUGUCUUUGUGCGAGACGGCAUCGUGGGCUUCGCAGACGGCCUCACGGUCCCCUUCGCCCUCACGGCCGGCCUCACGAAUCUCGGCGACCGGAAAGUCGUCAUCCUCGGCGGGCUCGCGGAACUCUUCGCCGGUGCCAUCUCCAUGGGUCUCGGCGCGUACCUGGCCGCCGUGACGGAGCAGAAGCACUUCGAGGUGGAGCAGCGGCGGGAGAGGCGGGCAGUGGCGGAGUUUCCGGCAGAGGAAGAAGAGGGGGUGUAUCGACUUCUGGGCAAGUAUGGCCUGGGCAGGGAGAGGUGUAGGGGUGUCGUGGAAGGGUUGAAGGCAGAUGUCGCGAUGUGGGUGUUGUUCGUGAUGGAUUUUGAGGUGAGGUUGGAGAAGGCUUCGACGAGGAUGGCGUGGAUGGAAGGGCUUGUGAUGGGGGUUGCUUAUUUCCUCGGUGAGUCUAGAAACAGAGUCGGAGUCACUGAUUUCUGAAGGCUGAUGGGUGAUUAGGUGGUCUGUUGCCCAUGAUCCCGUACUUUGCCAUGGAUCGAGUCAACCAUGCGCUCUUCGUGUCGAUUGGCAUCACGGCGGUUAUUCUGGUGGUCUUUGGGUAUGUGAAAGCCCUGGUCACGGGCACCACGCACGGCGACGCGGCUUGGAGUUCGGUGCAGACUCUGGCUAUUGGAGCGGUGGCGGCUGCGGUCUCGUACGGAAUCGUACGGGGUCUCUCCUCCGCCACGACGGCCUGA